GUGUGAAGUGCAGGAGCUGUCGCCCCACUAGGAGCGAUGGCGACUGGAGGGAGCAGCACUGAGCUGGGGAGCUACGGUGCCAAAUGCAAUGGUUCAAAAACAACUCUGCCUGACCCGGUCCAUCACUACAACUACGACCUGCACGUGAAAAUGAGCAAGAAAAUCGCCCAGUUAACGAAGGUCAUCUAUGCACUAAAUGCCAAAAGUGAUGAGCGUGAAGUUUCCCUACAAGCUGUUAAGGAAGCUCACCAGGAGGAGAUCCAGCACAUCAUCGCUGAAACACGAGGGAAGAUCUUGCAGUACAAAAGCAGAAUGGGAGAAGAGAUGGACUUGCGGCAUCAAAUUCAAACCCUUGAAGACAGCCUGCAGAAGCACAAGAAGUGCAAGGAAGAAGUGUUGGCGGACUUUGAGAUGUACAAGCAGCAGGUGGUCGAGCGGGAAAAGAAUAUGGAGAGGGAACAUACAGAAAAAAUAAUGGCAUUGUCCAAGGAGAUGCUUGACAUUAAGCAGGAAUUUGAGAGCAAUCUCCAACACUUCAUGGAUGUUCAACACCGAUUAGAACAAGAUAAACAAUCAGCAAUAACUGAGAUGGUGAAAGUAAACGAAGAGUCUGAAAACCUUCAAGAAAAAUGCAAAGCAUUAAAGGGCUGUUUUGAUGAAAAAAUAAAAUUAGAAGAAAAGCACAAAGUGGAAAUUCAAAAUUUGAAUCAAGAGUUAGAAAUCCUAAAACUUGAGAAAAAGAGGUUAACUACAGACUUUGAGAAAAAGGUGAAUAAGCUACAAGCCUCACACCAAAAGGAACUGGAAACUUUGAAAAAAGCAUUACAGCUCUCAGUGACCGAGACACUGAAACAAUGGCAAAUAGAACAAAAAAAGAAUCUUCAAGCUCAAGAAGCAGCCUUGCAACUCAAGUUGAAAAAAUUGGAGUGUGACAUGGAAGUCAAGUGUCAAAUGAUGAAUGAGUUUAAAAACCAAAGUCACAAAUUGCAGGAAUUGCUGAACAAUGCACAGGUCAGAAUUCAGGAUUUGGAAAAACAGCUUCAAAAGACAGAGAAGAAAUUGAUGACAUCCAAUCUAAAACUACAAAAGAUGGAAGAAGAAGCUGAACUCUUGAGGGAGAGACUAUUAGUGCAGGAAGCUGAAAUACUGCAUAAAACCGACAAGAACAAGGCGCUGACCCUAUCUGAACAUAAUGCUCAGGCAGAGGUGGAUGGCCUCAAGACCCAUCUGUCAGAGCUAAAGCUAAAGUUAGCAGUGGGCCAACUCCAGCAACAACAGAACACUGAGGCUGAACACAGCCAACAAUUGACACAGGUUAUUGAAAUUCUCUCUCGUGAGAAAGAAGAGCACUACAAAAGGCAUGAGGAGGAGCUGAAGAAACUGAAGCGAGUGGCUGAAGAGGAGAAACUUCGCCUCAAGGAGCAGCUGAUGAAAGGAUUGGAAGAGCUGGUAAAGAAACACACCACUGAAAUCAAGGCAGUCCAGACGUCAAUGGAACUAGAAAGAAAGCAACUGCAAAAGGAACUACAGAAUCAAUUAGAUGCAAUUAACGUCAAAGUCAAAAAUGAAAGACAACAAUUAGAAAAUGAAAAGGAGGAGCUUUAUAAUAAACUUCAGGAAUCUCUGCAGCAGAUUUCCAGGAUGGACAGCUUAAUGAAGCAAAACAAAAAUGACACAGAACAAGCUGACUCCUAUUCAACAAACAUGAAAGAGAGCCACGAGAAGUUACUGCAGGAUCAAGAACAGGCACUUAACCAGAUAACAGAACUGCAGGAGAAACUGAGAAAGCAGAAGGAACAGCAUGAAGCGUUGGUUUCAUCCUUACAAAAAGAACAAAAUAAAAUGAGAGAUCAACUAUCACAGCAGAUAGAGACAAAAUGGAAAGAAAAAGUACGAUUUGAGAAUGACAAACUACGGGAGCAGUUGAAACAAGAAUAUGCAAAUGACAAGCAGUCUGCUCUAGCUCACUUACAGCAGGAAAAAGAGAAUGAAAUGAAAAUCUUACAGGAAAAGUGGCAAAAUGUAACAGUGGCCCUUGAAAUUGAGCUCACAAACAUAAAGAAGAACUCAGAAAAACAAAUGGAGGCUUCCCAAGAUGCUCUCCAGUUGCUUCAGUCCCAGUUUGAUAAAGAAAAGGAAAUGCUCCUGGAAAAGCUUCAGUGCGUCACUGCAUUAAAUCAGGAUCUGAAAUCCCAGCUUCAGACCCUAAAGGAACAGAUGCUAAAAACUGAGGAAAAAUGUCAACAGCAUGAAAUAGCGGAGGGUAAUUACCAGAACCAGCUGAAAGCACUCGAAGAGGAUCUGUCAAAGUCCCAGAGUGAGACCUCCAAGCUGCAGAGAGAGAAGAUACUACUUCAGGAAGCACUUUCACGACUCGAGAAGGAGAUUGAGUCAAGCAAUCAGAAAACUGUCCAGCACAGAAGUGAAGAAGCGCAACAUCAGAAGUCACUGCAAGAAGAAUUUAAGGCUCAGCAUGAAAAAGAAAUCAACUUUCUGAAGCAAAACCACCUGAAAGAAAUUCAAGGCAUUGUGUCUGAUUUCAGCAGCUCCCAAACCCGUCUCCAAGCAAAGAUAGUUUCCUUGGAAACUGAAGUGAAAGAGAUGGAAGAAAAAUCAAAGAAGCAUGAAUCCAAACCAGAGGAUUUGCAUCGCAUUAGCACACUUCAAGAUAAGUUAUCUGAACGUGACCAGAUUAUCAAAAAGCUUCUGGAUGAAAGAAGAUUUCACCAAUUAGCCAUGGCAAACAGUGAAAGUAGCAUCAAUAGAAGUCUGUAUGCUGGAACCUUCACACCAACCUUGAAGAAGAAGAGAACAGAAGACUUGCCAGUCCGGGUGGUCAGUGUUCCCAACCUGAGUUCGUAUGAGAAAAGUUUUCUAAGCUCAGAAUCCAGUCCAAUCAAUAGGUUUCCUCUAAUGACUAAAUCUCCGAGCCUGGACCAAAGCCUCAGCAGCACGUCAAGGUUAUCGAAUCAGCCUUCACAAGUCCAGCCAUCUAAACCAGCCUCGAGGUAUUACUAUACUCAUUAA